AGAAAAGCGAUAGUAGGAUGAAUUUCCAUUUCAUGCCAACUUAAACAGUGCAACUUGUCUGAGGUUUUGUGGCUGUUAAACAGAUCUUUUCAAGAGACAAACAGACUUGUCAGAUUGUCAUUCAGUGAACACUCUAUUCUAAGUCUUAAACCCAGAUAUGCUUUAUGAAUGCAUUAUACUGUACACCCAAGAUACCCGAACAGCCAAGCAGCGUCUUGCACUUUCAAAAAACAUCUAAAGGCAUCUCUUCUGUGAACCCUCGACCCAAUCCAAUAACACUUUUCUUUCACUGUUUUCCCCUUUUAUCCCUGUGCUAGCGUUUAGUUCUCUGAACAAUCUUAUUUUACCCCCUUCUUACCACCUCCUUAUAAAGAAUCACUACUCAUUUUUAAGUCGCUUUGAAUAAAAGGGUCUGCUAAAUGAUUCAAGACAAAUGUCAGUGCGAUAAGAGACUAUUAUUCACACAGUUUAUGUAUUAAUGAGGUUCAGUUGGAACAUUAAUCACUAAUAGGGUGUAUUAUUUGUCGUAGCGUUUGCCAUCUGUUGUCCACCGUUAACUACCUUCAAACAUUCCUUGAGUAUUAAGUGACAUUGUGUUUUUUGAGUGAGUUCUCAGUAGCUUAUAAUCUAAUUUAACAUUGCUGUAAUACAUUUUUAAUACCCUGCACUCCUAAUUAGAUUUUCCCUUUACAGACAUACAAAGGCAAAUGAAUGACUUCCGCUCCAUCUUGACAUUUAAGAGCCUGCUUCAAAAUGCUGUGUGUCGUCAGAAUUACUAAAACAUGGUCCUGGAAAAGUUGUUACCUGAAAGGAAGUUGUCUAUGAUCACUUGAUAUAAACCAACACCAACUGCAUAGGAGGUGGAACAAUGCCAGACUCCGCCCUCUCUCCACCAGUUCCACCAAUCACUGCUCUGAACUGCUCUUUGGAUGCAUCGAAUUGCUCCUUUGCUAACCUCUCCACAAUCGCGUAUGGCGACGAGUGCUAUGGCAGCCACUCUUUGUUCGUUGUGAUGGCCAUUGCUUACAGUGCUGUGGUACUUUUGGGUGUCAUCGGCAACCUGGCUCUCAUCCUUGUCAUCGCACGGCAGCGGGAACUUCACAACGUCACAAACGUCCUAAUCGCAAACCUCUCUGUUUCAGACCUGCUGAUGUCCCUAGUCUGCCUGCCGUUCACCUUCAUCUACACCUUCAUGGACCACUGGGUGUUCGGCGCGGUCAUGUGUAAACUCAACAGCCUGAUCCAGUGCUGCUCCGUCUCGGUGUCCAUCUUUUCCUUGGUUUUGAUCGCCAUUGAGAGACACCAGCUCAUCCUACACCCUCGCGGAUGGAGGCCAAGCCUGAACCACGCCUGUCUGGGCAUCAGCCUCACUUGGGCCCUGGCCACCCUCACUGCAACACCCUUUCUGUUGUUCUCCAGGGUGACAGACGCCCCGCUGAAGCAGCUGCCCUCAGUGUUUCAGGAGCAGUACAGGGGAAAGGUGGUGUGUGUGGAGGAGUGGCCCUCCAGAGAAAUCAAGCUCACCUACACCACUGGCAUGCUGGUGCUGCAGUACAUCACUCCUCUCACCUUCAUCUUCAUCUGUUACUUGAAGAUCUACACACGUCUGCAGCGGCGUAAUAACAUGAGGGACAGAUUACGUGAAAACAAAUACCGUAGCAGUGAGACUAAACGGAUUAACAUCAUGCUCUUUUCCAUUGUCGUGGCAUUUGCGGUUUGCUGGCUCCCGUUGAACGUCUUUAACGCUGUCAUCGACUGGAACCAUGAAGUGGCUAUGAACUGUACUCACAAUCUCCUGUUCUCGCUGUGUCACUUGACUGCCAUGUGCUCGGUCUGCAUUAACCCAGUGUUCUACGGGUUCCUAAACCGCAACUUCCAGCGUGACCUCCGGUCCUUCCGACUCUGCAAGAUUGUGUCAGCACGGGAGAAUGAAUAUGACAUGGUUGCAAUGUCUACUAUUCAUACAGAUGUGUCCAAGAUGUCACUGAAAAUUAGUAGCUUAGAUCUCUAGUAUAGUUUCUUAUUCAUUAUACAUGUCUGUGUUCUGAAAAAUGCAUCUCUUUAGAUUUAGCUCAAAAGUGUGCAUUUACAAUAAGAGUGAUUGCUAGUAAACGUAACAAUUGAUGUCAGGACGAUUGCUGCAACUAUUUUCCAAGCUUUGUAUUAUAGUAUGUUGGUAAAAUUGUAAAUACAAAAUCAAGCAAGGAUGCUCAAUACAUUUCAUGCGAACAUCCUGUGUCCCACAUCAGUGAGGCCUCAUGGGGACCGAGUCAAUGUCUGAAGACAUAACAGAAAUUGUAUGAGGCUCAGACGAGUGGACUGCGCUUUGAUCACUAGGAUGAAAUCUUCUGGCUGCGUGAAAAUUAAUGCAAAGCCCAAGAGGUCCCAAAUUCAAAGAUGGAUUUAAAUGUAUAAUGAAUGUCAGAUGUGACUUUUAAGAGAAACUCCGAAGUGUUGAAACCCAAACUAAAUUGAUUUUCUUCUUAUUCCUUUGACAAACCAAGCCUGCAGGAAGUAAAAAGCCUGUUUUUAAGAGGCAUUCACAUGAGCAGCAAUUUGCAGGAACAAAGUGACCUGACAUUGUUCAUUUUCAGAGACUUUGCGAUUUCUGAUGUCACGAGUGACAGCGACUGUUGGCGAUGAGACAAAGCUGUGCAGAGCGGCUUGGCAACCUCCAGCCAUUGAAAUGCUGUCAGUGUGAACAAGGCUGUUGUGCAAUUGCUCACAGUGGUUUAUUUUAAACCAGGGUGUCCAGUUCUGCUCCUUGAAGGCCAAUGUCCUGCAGAGUUUAGAUCCAUACCAUAAUUAAACCAGAAUUAAAACACACCAGAAUCAAGGUCUUUGGAAAGGAUUGGGUAGACCUUCUUUAAUCAGUUUUGUGUUUGUUCUGUUUUGUUACUUUCAAUCCAUAUUACACACAAACAAACUAAUAAGAAUGUGUUAGUAUAGUUUAAUAAAUGUACAUCUUCAGUGAUGCAUAAUGAUUGUAAUAGCUUUGCUAUUUCUAAUUUGUUACGUUAUAUGUGAUAUACUAUUGCUUAUUGACAGAUUUUCAGUAUACUUUUUUGAUUUAUUCCUUCAUAAUAAGAAUAAUUUUUUUUUAUCCAAAACAGCUGAUGAUUUAAUGCCUCCACCACUUGUUUUAUGGCCACUGUGGUCAUUGAAGUUUAAGUUUUAAGACAUUAAAAGUGUAGUAGCAAAAAUAUUUUUUGAUUAUUACCCUCUGAAAUUGCUAAAUGAUAAAUAAAGACCAUUGAAGUUUUAUCAAGGUCCUCUAUUGCCGAGCAGACUAUCAUGCUCUGCUGUUGGGAUUUUGCCAACAUCAAUGAUUGAUCAGCUCUAAAUUACCGCAACAACAUAAUCAGAAAAAUAUCAACCCAGUACAAAAGAGUCCCAGAUUACAAAGCAAUGCAGUGAUAGAGAUUUGCCAUGGCAUGAUUAUGUUUGUGCAUGGUAGGUCACUGUGCUUUUUGCAUACAGAAUGUUCCUGUAUACAUAACUAUUUCAUUUGCUGGAGAUAUCGUUUAAUCUUUUUGGAUUUCAGAUUUCAAUUUUCCCAUGUUUGUUCAUUUUAGC